AUGAAAGUCUCUAUCCCAUCUCGAAAUCUAAUCUUGGUCACAACCAUUUUCCUAAUUUAUAUUGUCCCCCUAAGAGCCGAAGACAGCCCACAAGACUAUUUGGACGCUCACAACAAAGUACGAGCCGAGGUUGGGGUGGGUCCUUUAACGUGGGACCUUAAGCUGGCUCUUUAUGCCUCCACCCACGCGAAGAAGCUUGAAGUUGUGUGCACUCUUGAACUCUCGGAGGUGCCCGAUGGCGAGUUAUUUGCGCCCUAUGGCGAGAACUUAGCUAUGGGUGCUUGGAGUAGUGGCAACAUGUCAGCCGCUCAAGCGGUUGAAAUGUGGGUGAAAGAGAAAUCUGACUACAAUUAUAGUUCCAACACAUGUGCUCCGGACAGAUUGUGUUCCAGCUAUACUCAAGUUGUGUGGAGAAACUCGGUAAAGUUGGGAUGUGCAAAGGCGAGAUGCCCCGAUCCUGUAUAUGGACGACGAACAUUUGUUUAUUGCAACUAUGAUCCUCGCGGUAACGGUUUUGAGGAGCGGCCUUACUAA